CGCACCUUCCUGCAGCUGAACAAGCAAACGCCAGUGAUUGAGGAUAUACAUUCCGAGCUCCAAGCUGAACGAGAACUGAUCAGCAUAUAGUUUUUUUUUUUGUUAAAGGAUUGAAGACCUUCCUUUUCUAAAGGCGCAAGAUACUUUCUGGAGAUUCUGACUGGAUUUAAGGAUGUAUGAGCCAUGACUUUCUUAAAAGUUCCUUUAACACCUAUGAUUGUGUAGUACCUCUCCGCCAAGUAACAUUUCAAUCUCAAGCAACACACAAAACAACUGUGCCACCAGAAUGCACAAGCAAGUGGAAGUCAGGAUGGACGAGAGCCACCUGGAGCCAAUAGUGGUUACUCAGGAGAGUAUAUGUAGCAGCCUCUGUGACAAAAUUAUGAAGAACAUGGUCCUCACUCUCACAAUCCUCGGUGUGUUUCUGGGUUCCAUCGCCGGAAUGCUCCUACGGCACAUAUCACCUCUCCCUCCAGAUGUUGUCUUGAUCAUCGCCUUCCCCGGAGAGAUCCUAAUGAGAAUGCUGAAGAUGCUCAUUUUGCCACUCGUCGUUUCCAGUCUGGUCACAGGACUUGCCGGUUUGGAUGCCAAAUCCAGCGGCCGUUUGGGCACCAGGGCCAUGGUGUACUACAUGUCGACAACAAUCAUCGCAGCCAUCCUGGGUGUGAUCCUGGUGCUGCUAAUCCAUCCCGGGAACCCGAAGCUGAGGGCUAAUCUCGGACAGGGAAAGAAGAACGACGACGUGUCCAGCAUGGACGCUCUCUUUGAUCUCAUCCGAAACCUCUUCCCAGAGAACUUGGUGCAGGCCUGCUUCCAGCAGAUCCAGACGGUAACCACCAAAGUACCAGUGCCCACUAACAGGACCAAAGCUCCUCCACAGUUCACAGUCAAAAGGUCACUGCAGUUUAAGAGUGGAAUGAAUGUCCUAGGUCUGAUUGGCUUCUUCGUUGCUUUUGGUGUUAUCAUGGGGAAAAUGGGAGAGAAGGCCAAGCUAAUGUUGGAGUUUUUCAACGUCCUGAAUGAGAUUGUUAUGAAGCUCGUCGGCGCAAUUAUGUGGUACUCCCCUGUUGGUAUCGCCUGCCUCAUCUGCGGAAAGAUCAUCUCCAUCGCCGACUUGGAGGUGGUCGCGAGGCAGCUGGGGAUGUACAUGAUAACUGUGAUAGUGGGGCUCAUCAUCCACGGAGGCAUUUUUCUUCCGUUGAUCUAUUUUGUGAUCGUGAGGGAAAACCCUUUCACGUUCUUUAUGGGCAUAUUCCAGGCUUGGGUCACAGCACUCGGAACAGCUUCCAGUGCCGGUACCUUGCCUGUCACGUUCCGAUGCUUAGAGGAGAACCUGGGCAUCGACAAGAGAGUUACGCGUUUUGUCCUUCCAGUGGGCGCCACCAUCAACAUGGACGGCACGGCGCUUUACGAGGCCGUGGCUGCCAUUUUCAUCGCACAGAUGAACGGGAUUGAGCUCGACUGGGGGCAGAUUAUGACAGUGAGCAUGACAGCCACUUUGGCCAGUGUUGGAGCAGCCAGUAUCCCCAGUGCUGGGCUUGUGACCAUGCUUCUGAUCCUCACAGCAGUGGGGCUGCCCACUCAGGACAUCAGCCUCCUGGUCGCUGUCGACUGGCUUUUGGAUCGUUUCCGUACUUCAGUUAACGUGGUGGGAGACUCCUACGGAGCAGGCAUCGUUUAUCACCUUUCCAAAGAUGAGCUUGACAGCUUUGACGCACAGCAGACCCGGAUGGACGAAUUUGAGAUGGCAAAGACUCAGUCCUUCUUUGAAAAUAACACCAACCAGAAUGUAUACGCUCACCACAACUCAAUCUUGAUAGACAACUGCAAGGUCGCCAAGGGCAAAAAUGGCAACUCUCGUGACUUUUCCCUUGUUGAGGAAGAGCCAUGGAAAUGCGAGUAAAGCAGAAUCAGAUGCCGCUGCAGUUUCACCAGCUUUUACUUUCUACCGACACAACUGUAAAAACAUCAAAAACCAAAAAGUCACAAAAACAGGAAAAGACAAAAAAGAAGGAAACGCAAAGUCAAGGAUCAGUGUGCUGCAAGACCAAAUGGCCAGUUACCCAUCUGGGUGGCUACUGGAGCAGAGCAUCACCUUGCACUAACUACACACAGACUGUAAGGAACUUGUGCAUUUCGUGCACUUGUAGAGAAGGAUCAAAUGUUCAGUUGACGACACUCAGGGCCUUACUUGGUGCUGCUGCGAGCUUCCUGUUCUGUCAACGGAAAAAAAAAGAAAAAAAAAACCUUGUGCAUCACAUCUCAUUUUUUUUUUCUUCUUUUGUAUUGAAGUAUUUUUGUUGUAGCUAAAAGGGCACCGAGAAGAGAAGAUGGCCUUGCCAGAUAAAUUAUACACAAGGACCAAUUGAGAUAAUAUAAAGCUGGAGUGAGCGGACUCAGGAAUACUGGUUAGAGACCAAUAUAUCUGGCAGACUUUAUUACUGAAAGGUUGUCAUUAUUUAUUUAUGGUGUGUUAAACUGUCUUUGAAUUAAAUACCGCGGUGAAUGUUCAAAAUUUUAUUUAUGACAAAAAAACAACAACAACAAAAAAAAAAAAAAAUCAAUGAACUGGAUCCAACUGUGUUUCUUGUGGCAUUAUAAAGGAGGUGCAGGAUAGUAGGUGCUUUCGGAUCGAACAGUUCUGGGGACUCCCUGAGGGUGAUAAGAACCCAAGAACUAUAUACCUUCAAGGGCUUUGUGUAUGCAUUGUUUGCAGAACCCUGAAGUGACUUAAUAGCCAACAGCGGUUUGUGCAUUAACGCGAUCUAUUGUAACUUUACUGUCAGACUUUUUCUACAGCUUUUGUUCCAUUUUCAAUUCCAGUGUUAAGAGCUGUCGUUUACAUGUCCAUCGUCAAAGCCCGGAUGCCACCGUUGAUCCAUUUCUCUGCGUUUUUUUAUUCAAUUUCUUCAGGCUCAACAUUUAGAGCUGAAUGUUUUCCCGGAAUUCGUAUGUUGUUUGCCAGCACUGCAUUUACGUGUUCACCCAGUCACUGUACACUUACGUCACUCAAGGUAACUCUGGUGAUGGGAAAGUUCCAUUAAGCACAAACUAAACAAAAAAAAAAAAAAAAGAAGAAGAUUUCUGAGAACUGCGAUUGUCCUCAUUCACUGCAGUGCAGGCGCACAGAGAGGAGGACACUUCUACAGUUAUAGUUCCUGUGAGUCCGAAAGCACCUAGUUAGACACUGCCUCACCUUUGACUGUUUGACUUAAGGGAUUAUGCCCACAUGUCACACACAUGGUCAAGCCUAAGAAGAGAAGCUUAGGACUUAAGAGGUGCGGCCUCUAAAUGUGGCAGCAGACUGUACCUGAACGUGAAGCUGAAAAUAGAGAACACCGAAGGUGUCCUCUCUGUUAUAAUUAAUAUUACUAUUAUCAUUAUCACUAUUUUAAUUUUUUUUCUAUGUGUGUUCUUUACAAGUGAAGCACUGAGUUUCUGUUAGUGGUCAGAAAGUCUGCCUGUGUCCUGGAAAUGUUGUUUUUGAUGAGUGUUUGUGAGUGGAAGAGAGGAAAAUUAACGAGAAAAGAAAGCUGAAAGUUAAGCGAGAGAAAACGAAGGAGGUAGGAGGAGAAGUCUCUCCCAGCUCUCAGCAGGCCAGUGCAUUGUUUUGUGUUUUAUUUCAAACUGUUUAUAUCUUUGCUAUAUGACAACCUUGCCUUGAAGAUGUCACCUGCAGAGUGCAGUCAGUAUGACGACUACAGCGUCGCUGGAUGAAAGUUCCCGCUAAUUAUUUCAAAAGGAUACGGGGACUUGCAUUUUUAGCAGAGUAAAAAAAAAAAAAAAAAAGCGGCCCCACCUUCUAACUUUACAACACAGCGAGUGAGGACGGCUGGGACUUCCUCAAAAGAGUUUCUUGGACUUUGCAGAGUUUGGGUUUUAAGCAGCAGAUUUAGAUAUAAAUAGCAAACUCGGGAUUGUCUAGAGAUAAUUAGCUAUGGCUACAUCUGUCUGGCAAGUGCGGGCUUAAGCACUCGCAUAAAUCUGACGCCGUAUCAACAAGGUCAUUUGAAGUUGGUUGAAAAUGUUCAUGUUAUUGAGUUUGACCCUGUAUAGAAACUCUGUUCAAACUGAACUAUUUGUUUCCCUGUCAUGUAAGCAACAGCUUAUACAUUCAUGUUUAAAGUGCCUCCUUGCACUUUGUGUAUAUACUCUCUUUAGAUAAAUUGUACAAAUCAAAUGUAUAGAACUUGACAUUUUUGUCAUCAUAAUUGUUUUUGCUAUGCUAAACAUUUCUAUUAAGACUAUAUCUAUAUUCAUAUAUGUAUACAGUAUAUACACAGCAAUGUUAGCACUAUGUUUUUUUUUUUCUCUUACCAGCCAGUAGGCUGUGAACUUAGAGUUAUGAUGGUUGUUUAUUUACAAAAAAAUAAACCAAGUUCAUCUGUUUUUAUGAGAAACUCCUGACUACUUCCAAAAGUUUUCCAGAUUUUCUAGGGAAGGAAGUCCAACCUUUCAACCUUUUCCUUUCUUUUAAUCGGACAAAUAUGGUUACUGAUACUCUUCUAGAUGUGGUUAUUUAACGUUUCUGGGCACAUCAAGGCGGUUUUGUGUGCAUGAGAACGCUGGUGUUGGCAGCUACAGCAUGUCUGCAUGUUGCGAGACCUUAGCAAGCCAUCUAGUGUUUGACUCAGGCACCACCUUGGAAGAGUGUCUGCUUCCUAAAUUAUAAGGAGGAGCUUGAUCUAUGUCAAAAUCCCAUUAUCCAUCAAUUCGUUAGACCACUUCUCCUUCUGUUUUUAUUUGUUAUUGUUCUAACUUAGGCUAUGUUCUUAGUCGGCUGGAAUAGCGUAGCAAGUGUUUGCUAUGGAAAUGUACUAUCUUUAGAAAAUGAAAUCCAUAUUUUCUAUGCUACUUUUUGAUUCUGUGCACACAUACUGGUCCGAGAAUGUAUUAAACCUUUUCCUUCUGUCUGACCUUCCUUAUAUUGAAAAUCUUUCCUGACCUUGACUGACUAAAUUCAAGUAGGAGUGAAUGGACUCGCACUGAAUACACAAACUAUUUGUCAGGCAAAUGGACUGAAAGUGUGUAAAUGUUUUAAUACUUGUGUGUAAAUAUUAAUGGAAACAAAUAAAUGGUUAUUGAUGA